UGCCAGGAGGGCUGGAGAGGAGACGCUUGUGACGCUUGUAUCCCGACGCGGGGUUGUCUGCACGGCCGGUGUCGUGCCGCCCAGCGACACUCGAAGCAGACGCCUCGUCUACAAGAGGCAUCGUCGCAGGCGACACCGAAGCUGCGACACCUCAAUUCGACGUCACUUUUACGUCGUGCCAAAUCGCCGGUAGACGAGACGGCACCUGAUCAAAACGGUACCGAGGCCAGUGGCAACAGAAGAGCUGAGAGAAUUGCUGGUGAUGGGAAGGUCAGAGCCGGCGACAGGUUGGACGAGGAUGACGGAGCCAGGCAGUUUCGGUACCCCAACUCCUUGGAGCCCUUUACAUGCGUCUGCGAUUCCGGAUGGGGUGGCAUGCUUUGCGACAUGGGUAGGUUGGCCAGCCCACUUGUGGGCAAAAUAUGA